AUGGCUGCUAACAACUAUCAAUGGCCUAAUGAGCUGAAAACAUGCCAAGGAAGGUGGGCUGGAGUACAUGAGAUAGAUGCUAUUACCAACCUUUCAACCCAAAUAGCAGCUCUCUCAAAGCGAUUCAUGAAUAAUAAUUUGCUAGCAAAUGCGAUGAAAGACUACAUCUCCGGGCUUGUGAAAUGUGUAAUGGGCCUCAUCAAAGCUUUGAAUGUCCAAACUGGAUGGCGGAAUCAUCCUAACCUGUCUUGGAAAAAUAACUCAACCAUGCAGGAACAGAGCAACCCACCCCAAGAGAAGAAAAUAAAUCUGGAGGAAGCAAUGGCUCAGUUAGCUACAACUCAAACGCAGUUCAUGAAUGAAACUCGCACUAGCCUGCAAAAUCAGUCUGCACAAAUUAGGAAUUUGGAGGUUCAGUUAAGUCAAAUGGCAGGUAUGCUAACAGAGAGACAACAAGGAAACUUGCCUAGCACAUCUGAGGCAAAUCCAAGAAAGAGUGGCAAUGAACAAUGUAGUACAAUUACUUUGAGGAGUGGAAAGGAAUUGAAGAUGGCAGAGAAAAAGUCUGAGUCUGUAGAUCAGAAGCAUGAACAAGAUAACCGUGAACACAAUAAAUCUGAAGCUCCGAUUGAAGCACCAUUAUCUCAAGAUAGAUUUACAAGAAUCCCUUUCCUCAUACUGAAGAAGAAUAAACUUGACCAGAAGCUUAAGGAUUAUGAGAGCAGAUCAGCACUUUCAUCAAGAAUGCAGACGCAAUCUUGCAAAAAGAAGUUGCCACCCAAACUCAAGGAUCCAGGCAGUUUUACCAUCCCAUGCUCGAUUGGGAAUGUGGUGUUUGAGAGGGCAUUAUGUGAUUUGGUAGCAAGUAUCAAUUUAAUGCCCUUAUCAAUCUUCAAGAAGCUUAACUUGGGAGAAGCGCGGCCUACUAUAGUCACAUUGCAACUAGCAGAUUGUUCAUUGAAGCAUCCCAGGGGAGUAAUUGAAGACGUUCUUGUCAAGAUAGAUAAGUUCAUAUUUCCAGCUGAUUUCAUUGUACUUGACAUGGAAGAAGAUAAAGAUAUUCCAAUUCUGCUUGGCAGACCAUUUCUAGCUACUGGGAGAGCACUUAUUGAUGUGCAAAAGGGGGAAUUAUGUCUUCGGGUCCAAGAAGAAGAAGUGACUUUCAAUGUUUUUGAUGCUAUUAAAUAUCCUCAAGCAAGUGAUUGUUGCUUUCGUAUUGAUGAUAUGCAGGUAAUACUACCAAACUCAGUGAAAUUACAAGAUUCCUUGGAGGCCAGCUUAACUCAAGAGUGUAUUGAUGAUAUAGAAGAGAUGGAGGUGAAAGAAUAUCUAGAGUGGAUGGAUUCUUUUGAGCCAAAUAGGAGGAAGUACUUUGAACCAUUGGGACAAAAUCCUAUAUGUCUCAUUCCAUCUAUUAACAACCCACCAAUUCUUGAAUUAAAACCUUUACCAACACAUCUCCGUUAUGCAUAUUUGGGAGAAUCCACUACCCUACCGGUGAUUAUUUCAUCAUCACUUUCUCUUAAAGAAGAAGACAAGCUAUUGAGAGUCUUGAGGGAGCACAAAUCAGCAAUUGGAUGGUUAUUAGCUGAUAUUAGAGGAAUACGACCAUCUAUGUUAUUGGGUCACAAAAUUUCAUCCAAAGGCAUUGAAGUUGACCGAGCAAAGAUUGAAACAAUUGGAAAGUUACCACCCCCAACAUCAGUUAAAGGAGUUCGGAGUUUUCUUGGUCAUGCUGGAUUUUAUAGAAGGUUUAUCAAAGAUUUCUCCAAGAUCGCCAAGCCAUUAUCUCAUCUUCUUGAGAAGGGAGUCUCUUUUGUGUUUGAUGAAGAAUGUAAACGGGCUUUCUUUAUUUUGAAGGACAAAUUAGUAUCAACACCCAUAGUUGUGACUCCAAACUGGGAAUUACCAUUUGAACUGAUGUGUGAUGCAAGUGAUUAUGCAAUUGGAGCUGUUCUUGGACAACGUAUUGAUCGGGUAUUCCAUGUCAUCUACUAUGCAAGUCGAACCCUUAAUGAGGCACAACUUAAUUAUGCAACAACAGAAAAAGAAUUAUUGGCUAUCGUUUUUGCCUUUGACAAAUUCCGGCCAUACUUGAUUGGGAACAGAGUUAUUGUUUUUACUGAUCACUCAGCAAUUAAAUAUCUCUUAGCAAAGAAGGAUGCAAAGCCAAGACUUAUUCGGUGGGUGUUAUUAUUACAAGAGUUUGAUUUGGAGAUCAGAGAUAAGAAGGGUUCAGAGAAUCUCGUUGCAGAUCAUCUUUCACGACUAGAGUUAGCUAAUGACAUGUUGCCAUCAGAAGUGCCUAUUGGUGACAAUUUCCCAGAUGAGCAAAUACUUGCAGUAUCUCAUAAUCGGCCUCCAUGGUAUGCUGACUAUGUAAAUUACCUUGCAGCUAAUAUUCUUCCACCCGAAUUGUCAUACCAACAAAGAAAAAAGUUUCUCUCUGAUGUGAACCAUUAUUAUUGGGAGGAACCAGUUUUGUACAAGCAUUGUGCUGAUCAAAUCAUAAGGCGUUGUGUUCCUGAAGAAGAGAUGGAAGAUUUGUUGAAUCAUUGUCAUACACUUGAGUGUGGAGGACACUUUGGGGGUAACAGAACUACUGCAAAAAUUCUUCAGUCAGGAUUUUAUUGGCCAACCUUAUUUAAAGACGCUCAUGUUUUUGUCACUUCUUGUGAUCGCUGUCAAAGAAUGGGAAAUAUUUCUAAGCGGAAUGAAAUGACUUUGAAGAACAUGCUUGAAGUAGAACUGUUUGAUGUAUGGGGCAUAGAUUUUAUGGGACCUUUUCCUUUGUCAUAUAAUAACAAGUACAUCUUGCUUGCAGUCGACUAUGUAUCCAAGUGGGUAGAAGCUAUAGCAACUCAUACAAAUGAUGGUAAAGUGGUGUGCAAUUUUCUUCAAAAGUUUAUUUUCACAAGGUUUGGUGUUCCACGGGCAAUAGUAAGUGAUGGAGGUUCACUUUUUUGCAACAAACCAUUUGAAUCCCUAUUAUUGAAGUAUGGAGUCAAACAUAAAACAUCAUUAGCAUAUCACCCGCAGACCAAUGGACAAGCAGAAAUAUCUAACCGACAAGUAAAACAGAUUUUGGAGAAAUUAGUAAGCAAUUCUCGUAAAGAUUGGGCUAAGAAACUAAAUGAUGCAUUAUGGGCAUAUCGCACUGCUUUUAAAACACCAAUUGGAAUGUCCCCAUAUCGGCUAGUCUAUGGUAAAGCGUGUCAUCUUCCUGUUGAGUUGGAACAUAAAGCUUAUUGGGCUAUGAAGCAGUUGAAUAUGAGCAUGCAAGCAGCAGGAGAGAAACGUAUUUUACAAUUAAAUGAGCUCGAUGAAUUUCGAAAUGAAGCUUAUGAAAAUGCAAAAAUUUAUAAGGAACGAACAAAAGCUUGGCAUGACAAAUUCAUCUUGCGCAAAAACUUUUUGCCAGGACAACAGGUAUUUUUAUUUAACUCAAAGUUGCGACUAUUCCCAGGUAAAUUUAAGUCAAAGUGGUCUGGACCAUUCACCAUCACCAAGGUGUUUCCUUAUGGCGUCGUGGAGAUCAAUCAACCCGAAAAAGGAGCUUUCAAAGUUAAUGGACAGAGAUUAAAGCUAUAUUUUGAGGGAAAUUUUGACAAAGACAAAACGAAUAUCGUCCUUAACUCACCAUAA